AAGGGCGGGUGGGGGGAUGCAGCUCGAAAGGGUGGCGGCAUGGAGGAGCCCUCGCUGGAGGCUCUCAUGCAGGCGGGCCUCAUCUUCGUGGUCGGUGUCGCCAUCAUCCUAUCGAAUCUCCUCAUCAUCGCUACCUACCUUAAUUUCCGUGGUCCCUCCGAGGUGAUAAACUACUACUUGCUGUCUCUCGCGUCGGCGGACCUUCUUUGUGGUCUGCUGGUGGUUCCGCUCUCGGUGUAUCCAGCGUACGCACGAAAAUGGGUCUACGGGGACGUCGUGUGUCGUCUCGUUGGCUAUUUGGAGGUUACUCUCUGGGCGGUAUCCGUCUACACCUUCAUGUGGAUCUCUGUGGACCGGUACUUGGCCAUCAGGAAACCAUUGCGUUACGAGACCGUGCAGACGAAAACCCGAUGCCAGUGCUGGAUGGUCUUCACGUGGAUCAGCGUGGCGAUGAUGUGCUGCCCGCCUCUCCUAGGUUUCCAAAAGCCGAUUUUCGACCGGGAGGCGUUCAUCUGCAUGCUCGACUGGGGCAACAUGGCUGCUUACACCAUCACACUGUCGAUCCUCGUGCUAGGGCCGUCGGUCAUCACCAUCGUCUAUACCUACAGCUACAUCUUCACGAUGAUGAGGCGGCUAAAAUCCGGCGUGCUGAUACACGACAAGGAAUACGCGACCGCGCUCUCGGAAAACCUGAGCAAUCCAAGUCAUAUCGUAUCCUUUGUCCUGGUGAUGGCUUUCUGGGUGUCCUGGGCACCGUAUGCCGGUCUCCGGAUAUACGCUGUCGUUAACGGACCGCCGCAGGUACCGUUUCUCCAUUUCGCGGUAGUGUGGCUGGGGGUGACGAACAGUUUCUGGAAAGCGGUGGUCCUCGGGACUCUGAGCCCGCAAUUUCGUCUGGCCGUUCGCGUGCUCUGUCUGACGUUGUGCUGCCGGCACAGGCGACUUCCGCCGGAACUGCUUGGCCUCGACGACGACGAUUAAAAAAAAAAAGAAAGAGAAAAAAACGCCAAAAACGCCUACGAGAACAGAAGGGGAAACGCUUUUUUCCUUAUGCGCGCUACGAGCGUUUUACAACACGCGCCCCAUUCCUAGAGCAUCGCUUUUCACUCAUUCUCGGCAUUCGAGGUCGUUUCUUGCAUCCGCCGCAAGAGUUCUCUCUCGGAGCCCUCUUCGACCGCUGAGACUGAGAUUCUUUGUUCCGAAAGGCGCUACCCACUCACCAGUCCGACCGAUCAGAACACGAUCAGAGAACACGAGCGAGGUCUCGAAAAAGAAAAAAAAAAAAAAAUCUUCCGCAAGACAGAAUGACUUCUAAUCAACGAACCCGCCAAACUUCUUUCCCCGCUUCAAACAGAGAAGAAUCCUUUCUUUCCGAUUUCGGCUUUCUUUCAGGAACGAUCAUCGAGAUCUUCAUCCCGUCUAUCGGACGCGCGUCGAUCACGAUUGCUAUUUUUCCGUUUCUGUCUUCGCGCCACGGUGGACGAAUUAUUUCCAGCCGAGCGAACGAUCGAUCGGUCGGCUAAAAUCUAGCAAACAUCUCACGUAAGGUGAACGAGCGAUCGAACAAACCGCUCGAUGAUAAACUUCGGACACUAAUUGUACGAUUUUUUUUCUCCUUCGAACCGGGUAUCGCUCUCGUGUCAGUUCGAGUCUAUCCGAAAACCGUCAAAACCUCACCGCGUGCAAUUAGGUAUCGAAUCGAGAGGCGAUUCGAGAAAAUUCAGAGAAUAAUAGAAUACAGAUCUAAAGAGACAUGUGCACGUGUUUCAUCGCUUCUUUGUCAAACUAUUCGGAUCGUCAAUAAAGAAACCGCGCGAAACUGUUGGACUAUUCCUUUUUCUAUACGACUUCAAUUUAACUAUAACUGAUUGUAUCGCAUAUACAUACACUGAUACUGAUAUACUGAUAUACACGAUCACGUGUCUGCUAUUAAAAGAAUCGGCGUUAUCGACGGGAGCGUGGGAACGAGCGUGGUGCACGAUCGAAAGAAAGAAUCGAGGACUCAGUCUGGUGGGGCGCGUUCGUCGCGCCGCGAAGAUUCUCGGAGGGAAAUGAGGGACACGGUCAUCGCGAGCGAAUCGUCGACCCUCCCUCCCCCCUCCCCCCUGCUCGUUCUCGCGACGAUUCGCUCGACGCUGAUCGCCGCAGUCCGCAGAUCAAUUAUAAUCGGAGACGCUCUAUUUAUCUCCUGUUUUCCGCUUUCUUUCCUUCUUGAACUGUGGCACGCUGUUCGAAGGUCGGCGAAACGCGGAGAGCCUCUCUCGCGCGUUCCUCUCCUCUCCGUCGUUUCGCAACAGCGUUCCCAAAGAGAGACCCCCCAGGGAUGGGUCUGAUCCCCGAAUUCUCGAAACUCACGGAACUUAUCAUUUUAUUUCGCAUAAUGUUGUUUCAAAGUACGAACAAAAGUGAAGGUACAAGCAAGAAGGUGAAACGUGGAAAAGUACUUGCAUCUGGAACACAUUCUGGAUCUAAUUUACCCGUUCUUGUCUAUGAUUUAUCGAACAAUCUCUCAGUGGCGCGCCGAAAAGAAGCGAAUUCGAUUCUCAAUUUCUCGCGAACGAUUACUUUAUUCGUUCGUACUUUCUCUCACCUGAAGACAGUCUCGACAGCUCCGUGUCACGAAAGACGUGCAAAGUCUUUCGAAACUUUCCUGGACUAUCGAGGAGUUUCGAGUGACCCAUCCCUAGAGAACACUAUUUAUCGUUGCCUAUAUCUACGUGGUAAGCUCACGCUCAAAAAACACACAAGUAUCUUACGAAGCGAGUCGCGGUCUUACGACGACGUGUAAGUUCGCUCGAUCCGCGAAACAACUUGUCGAUCGAGGAAAAAAAAAAAAAAAACGAGGAUCGUAAAGGAUGAUCGUGGAUGACUACGCCAGGCGAACACACGAGAUACAAGAGAACACUAGGUCAAUUAACGGAGAUGCCUCUACGAAUGCGACGCCGCGUCGAUCUGCGCGCCCGUAGAACGCCCAUGUGAAAACGAACGACUCGCGGACGGGAGCUCUCGAUCGCGAUGGCUACACGCUUUUUUUAACGCGCUUCCUCCUUUACUCGGCCUCGCGAUCGGCUUCCCUUCCAGUCUCUCUCUCUCUCUCUCUCUUUUUUUCUCUCUGUUUCCUUCUUUCUGGUUUUUAAAUCGAGCUUUCAGCGACACGCUUCAUUUUCUUCCAUUUCGUGAAUUUAUUCUUUCGGAUACGAUUGUUGAAUGUUAUUAUUAUGUCAGAUGUGAGGUCUUGAAAGUUUCUGUGGUUUCAAGUGUUUCAUUUUAAGAAAAGGUAAUUCUGUUGAGAACGAUUGAUUUUGUUGGACUAACUUUGUUGUGUUAUAUGAAUUGGUGGUUUGUUCAAAGAAUACGAAUUCAAGAGUUACAUCAAAUCUCUUUGAUAACUGUUUCCCUUGCAGAGGUUUCUCAGGUAAAUAUUUAAUGUUCUUCUGUUUUCUUUUUUUUUUUUUUUUUUUUUUUUUUUUUUUUUUUUAGAUAUAGAUUUAAGAAGCGCAAACCUCCAAAGUGAGGUUUCUCGAUUCAAACACAAGCAAACUUUCAGGAUAGCCUGUACUCAUUUUUGCAGCAACUUUUCAAGUAAUCUUCGCAAUUACUUGAUUCAGAACAGUGCUAUUACUAAACGUUCCUAGAAAAAUCUUUCUCUCAUUCCGAUGUAUCUUUCUGCUCGAACAGACAGAAAAUUUCUCUCUGCUUAGUUUUCACAGCUGCAGCUAACAUUUCCAAAUGUAAUUUCGAGCGAUCUUUCUUUUAGUCGAAGACGAGCCUAUUCCUCGCCGGCGAAGAAAUGAACGAAUCAGAAAUGAUACAACUCGAUUCUAGAUCUGCAUCUGAAAAUAAACGACUGGCCGAGGACAAAAACUCGAUUAUAGAGCGUGAAAUUGAAAGGUAGCCCAUCGUACGCGAACUCGCAGUUUUCCAAUUAAAAUGGUAAUCAAACUUUCACCGGUGGCUGCGUUACGUGAUCGUGAUCGCGGACGGAAGCAAUAAAAGCGUCGGAUUAAUUGAAUGAACGUAGAAGGAGCUGCGAAAGAGCACGGUCGAAAAAAAGAAGUGACUUUCGUUCGUUGGAAUCGAAUCGUUGGACGAUGAAUCUCGCGUCGUUAUUCCGUAGUUAUUCGCGAGUUAUUCCAUAAAUCUGCCGGACGCGAAUCUAAUUUGAAACUCGCCCCAGUUUACGAUUCAGGCUCGAUCGGCAAACGGCCGAUUCAAACGGGCAAAAAAGCUUGGGCGGAGAUCAUUCUCCGUUGGUAGAGAGAGAAAGCAACCGGGUUAUUAAUAAAACGCGCUGUUCAUUUAUAAACCUAGUUGUUUCUGCAGCGAAUAAACUUCGUUGUUUGAGUACGAGCGUUGCGCCGUUUCGCGAUGCUUUUAUAUAGCGAAACUUCUCGUUUCCGUCACGAUGAUAUUUAUGCAUCGGCGGUGUACGCGCGUGCGCUACACGUAAUUGGCGCGAAAACGCGUGUAAUUAAUCGUUUCGUUAAUUAGGCAGAGUAUCGCCGUUUGUUAUGAAUAACUGAGAAAUGAGAAUCGUCUGUUGCAGAGAUGUUUCCUGACUUUUGUUCCGUUAUUGCUGAAAUUCUUCAGCUAGUUUGCUUUAAUUGUGUUGUUUAAUUGUUGAAGUGCUGCGUAUCGUUUAGCAACUUUCAAUUGUACACGUGAUAAUUUAUUUCGUGUGUCAAACGUGAUUUUAAUGGACAAUAUAUAACAAUUAGUAAUUGCAAACGGAAUAGCAAGAGGAAUAACAGGUAUUUUUAAAUUUCCUUUAAAGAGGAAUAACAAGUAUUACUGAAUUGAAAUGUUUGAAAAGUAAGAAGAUAUCAACAGAGAAUACUCCAAUUUUUAAGUGCAAGAAGAUACGUUGUAACAAAAUUGAAAGCUAUUGAAACGAAAUACUUUUUGAUAACUCUGAUAGUGAGUUAAUAAUGAAACUAAAAACGAGGAUGGAAUCUUGGAAUCAAUAGAACAUGAAAGAAUAACAUUUAACGAAUUGUUAUUAAAAAUUUAACAGGCUUGUAGAGAAUGUGUCACUUGGAAGUUAUAGACUGUUCCAUCGAUUUGUAAGUACAUAUGUUGUCCUCGAGAUUCAGGAACGUUCUCAGAAGCAGACGUAGCAUCGACUGUAUUACUUUUUGGCGUAAUUUGUUUAUUAUUUUAAUUUUUUAAAGUGAUCCAGUAAUUACUUGACACACAUUACGUGUCUUAAAUAAUAUAACGAUGCUUAAAUUACUUUAUAUUUCACAGAAAAUUACGAAAGAGGAGAGAAAUGAAUUACUACUAUCUAAAUUUGGCAAAAUUGACAAAACGAAUAUGAAUAUUAUUGAAAAGAAGAAGAGGGAGAGGAAGGAGAGAGAGAGAGAGAGAGAGAGAGAAUGAAGUACAGAAAAAAUAUUGUUCCCGCUAACGCUCGAAAAAAAAAAGCGAUGCUCACGCGCAAGCAAGUGGGCAAAGAUCCUGAGAUUUCUUUGAAUGGCGAACGUUAAAAAAAAAAAAGAAACCCUGUUAAAA